CUUAAAUUUCACUCGAGAAUUUCUAGAGGACAAACUCCAAGACUCGGACAUGUGACUGAUGUGACUUCAGCGCGACAAUCAGCUCUUAUCAGUGAUUCCAGAUCAAUCUUAGGCUAAACGUUCUACGUCGCGUUAACAAUUGAUUUUAAAAAAAAAAGGAUCAAGUGCGUCGUGAAGUAGGAAACAAGAGUAAAGAUAGAAAAAACGAUACGAGGAGGUGGGAAUAUUAAAAAAAAAGUACGCAUAUAGGUGGAGAGGUGGGUGACACGCGUCAUUUACUGGUCAUUUACUGCCAUGCUCGCGCCCCACCGUGCCCUCCAGCCGUACGCGCAUUUUAUAAGGACUGUACACUCGUUACAGUCUGCCACUUACUACGGUGUCACGUCAUCGUCGUCGCUGUCGUCCCCGCUCGCUGUGCGAGAAUCCGAUUGUCACCGUCGCCACCUGCUGCAACAUCCGUCAUUGGCAGAAAGACUCGUGAAGCACGUUUUCGGCGCCUCAUUCGUGACAAUGGCAAAAAUCAAGACAGGUCCAGUUGUUGACAUUCUUGGCGAUGAAAUGACACGUAUCAUAUGGGAUUCGAUUAAGGAGAAACUCAUUUUGCCUUACUUAGACAUCGAAUUGCAUACAUACGAUUUGGGCAUCGAGAAUCGUGAUGCUACAGAUGACAAGGUGACAGUAGAAUGCGCGGAAGCAAUCAAGCGUUACAAUGUUGGCAUCAAGUGCGCUACUAUCACGCCCGAUGAAAAACGGGUAGAGGAAUUCAAGCUGAAACAGAUGUGGAAAAGUCCGAAUGGCACUAUCAGGAACAUCCUGGGCGGCACGGUAUUCCGCGAGGCGAUCAUCUGCAAGAACAUACCGCGUCUAGUAGUCUGCUGGAAGGAGCCAAUCAUUAUUGGCAGACACGCGCACGCCGAUCAGUACAAAGCUACGGAUUUCGUGGUGCCGGGUCCAGGUAAACUAGAAAUUACGUGGACUGGCAAUUCCGGCCAGAAGAUCCAGUACACCGUUCACGAUUUUCAAGGUCCUGGUAUCGCCCAGGCUCAAUACAAUACCGACGAGAGCAUUCGCGCUUUCGCCCACAGCUCAUUCCAAUACGCACUGUCGCGUAAUUAUCCACUAUACCUGUCCACGAAGAACACGAUCCUCAAGAAGUACGAUGGUCGCUUCAAGGAUAUAUUCCAGGAGAUCUAUGACAAGGAAUACAAACAACAGUUCGAGGCGAAGAAGAUAUGGUACGAACACCGGUUGAUCGAUGAUAUGGUAGCCUACGCCAUGAAAUCCGACGGUGGUUUUGUAUGGUCGUGUAAGAACUACGACGGUGAUGUACAGUCGGAUUCGGUGGCACAGGGCUAUGGCUCGUUGGGCAUGAUGACAUCGGUCCUCAUAUGUCCGGAUGGUCGCACGAUUGAAGCCGAAGCCGCCCAUGGUACAGUUACCCGACACUACCGUCAGUAUCAGCAGGGCAAGGAGACGUCCACUAAUCCGAUCGCGUCUAUUUUUGCUUGGACCCGCGGCUUAUUACAUCGCGCUAAACUUGAUGACAAUCCACGUUUGCGACACUUUGCCGAAACGUUAGAAAAGGUCUGCAUCGACACCAUCGAAUCUGGUUUCUUCACCAAAGAUCUCGCCAUAUGUAUCAAGGGUAUGAACAAUGUCACCAGGUCUGAUUACCUCGAGACAUUCGAAUUUAUGGACAAGCUUGCUGAUAAUUUGAAGAAACAACUCAAAGCGUGACUCGUUGAUGACAAAGGACGUAGCCUACGGGCCAAGUAUUAAGUCAUUACGUUGUAAUGAAAAGAAAGAAAUGUUUACGUGGUUACGGGAAAAAGCUAGAUUUCAUUGAGCAUAUAUUAUAUAUUUACAUUUAUAUAUAAUUACAUGCAUAUAAAAUUGUCACAGUUACGUCAAAUUUUUUUCUGUUUCACGCCACAUCGUACGAUAUUACGCUCGAUUAAUCUUCGAGGCAUUAAUCAGACUAUUCGUUUUACAAAACGUCAUAAACUGAUUGCCUCAUAUUUUUCUCGAUAGCUAUGGAAUAUAUUAAGUCAUAUAUUAAGCAAUAUAGAUAUAAAAAGCAAGAUAACGUUGAUAUUGGCUAAUGAUUGUACAAUU